AAAAAUAUUUCAGGAAAAUGUCCAACUUUAGCUGGAAAGCAGCAGUUGAGACAAACAUCACCACUCUAAAAAUUUUGGGCCUCUGGCCUAAAGGAGACGAAACAUACAAACUAAAUUUUUACACACUUUACGCCGUUUUUGGAGUCAUUGGUCUACUUUGCGCCCACAGUUUUGUGCAAAUAUUCAACAUUUAUUUCAUCGUUGACGAUUUGGAAGCUUUCACAUCUUCGAUUUUCGUAACGUUAUCCUGCCUGGGUACCGUUGCGAAAACUUACUACCUCCUCCAAAACAUGCAAAUGCUCAAGGAACUGUUCAUCAGCAUCAACAAGGACAUUUUCCAGCCCAAAAACAACAAACAGAUACUUUUAGUUGAACCGAGUAUUAAAUUCUGGCAACGAUUUUAUCUGAUAUUUAGAGUGUUGUGUUACUGUACCACGUUUUUUUGGUCCAGUUAUCCCAUUUUGGACAAAUGGACCAAAGACCAUCGCUUGCCAUUCCUGGCAUGGUAUCCCUAUGACAGUACCAAAUCGCCGUUUUAUGAACUUACAUACAUCCAUCAAGUCGUUUCAAUUUGGUACCUUGUUUCCGCCAGUUUGAACAUUGAUAUGUUGAUAGCAGCUUUGAAUAUGUUUGUUGGGGCACAAUGCGACCUUUUGUGCGAUAAUUUACGAAACAUUGGCCAAAAUAGCAAAGAAAUUGGAAAAAAUCUAGUCAAAUGUAUCGAACACCAUAGAGAAAUUUUGAGAUUUGCAGUGCAAUCCAAUGUUUUUUUCAACUUAAUUGUGCUUUUGCAAUUUUUCACCAGUGCCGUAUCUGUUGGUUUUACAAUGUUUUUGUUGACUAUAGUCGCCCCCUUCAGCAGCCAGUUCUACUCGUUUAUUUGUUACGGAAGUUCCAUUAUUACAGAAAUGUUCAUCUAUUGUUGGUUUGGUAACGAAGUCGAGAUUAAGAGCAAUGCUAUACCUUAUGCUCCUUUUGAAUCGGAAUGGAUUGGUGUUCCCAUUGAAGUGCAAAAAAAUCUUAUUAUUUUUACAAUAAGAGCUCAGAGACCGCUCAAAAUGUCGGCCCUCAAUUUGUUUUACCUCUCAUUGGAUACUUUUAAAGCGAUUCUGAAAACUUCUUGGUCGUAUUUCACUCUUUUAAAUCAGGCAAACUCUAAUUAA